CGCGGUAGUCCGCCAUAUUGUCUCUGAGACAGCAGAAAUCAUACAGAAGUACACCGGCGAGAGGAAAGAAAGCGAACCUGCCUUCACUUGGAUCCCAUAUUUGAUCAAAGAGCUGUCCAGAGGUUCCCCUGGUGGCUUCCCUUGCUUAUAGCCAAAGCCCCCCACCCCCUUACCCCCUGCCCUGUCACGAAGAGGCCCCACCCCACCUUCCCUCCUCUCCCUCUUCCCUCCUCAUCCUUCUCUGCAGUAAGUGGCCCCUCCCCCUCCUCUGCCAAGCUGUUGGACAUGCCAGGACCCGUGCAGAGUCGGGCCCGUGUGUACACAGAUGUCAACACACACCGGCCCAGGGAGUACUGGGACUACGAGUCCCAUGUGGUGGAAUGGGGAAAUCAAGAUGACUUCCAGUUGGUGCGGAAGCUUGGACGCGGGAAGUACAGUGAAGUGUUUGAAGCAAUCAACAUCACCAACAACGAGAAGGUUGUGGUGAAAAUACUCAAGCCCGUCAAGAAGAAGAAAAUCAAGCGUGAAAUUAAGAUCCUGGAGAACCUCCGCGGGGGCCCUAACAUCAUCUCCCUCAAAGACAUCGUCAAAGACCCAGUGUCUCGGACACCCGCCUUGGUCUUUGAACAUGUCAACAACACUGACUUCAAGCAAUUAUACCAGACCCUGACAGACUAUGACAUCCGGUUCUACAUGUUCGAAAUCCUCAAGGCCCUGGACUACUGCCACAGCAUGGGAAUCAUGCACAGGGAUGUGAAACCCCACAACGUGAUGAUUGAUCACGAACACCGAAAGUUGCGCCUUAUUGACUGGGGUCUGGCUGAGUUCUACCACCCGGGACAGGAGUACAACGUCCGAGUGGCUUCUCGCUACUUCAAAGGACCCGAGCUUCUGGUCGACUAUCAGAUGUAUGACUACAGUCUGGACAUGUGGAGCUUGGGCUGCAUGUUGGCCAGCAUGAUCUUCAGGAAGGAGCCUUUCUUCCACGGCCACGACAACUAUGACCAGUUGGUAAGAAUAGCCAAGGUGUUGGGAACGGAAGACCUGUAUAACUACAUCGACAAGUACAACAUUGAGCUGGAGCCUCGGUUCAAUGACAUUCUGGGGAGACACUCUCGUAAGCGGUGGGAGCGCUUCGUCCACAGUGAGAACCAGCACCUGGUCAGCCCCGAGGCCCUGGACUUCCUGGACAAGCUGCUGCGCUAUGACCAUCAGGCCCGGCUGACCGCCCACGAGGCCAUGGCUCACCCUUACUACUAUACCGUUGUCAAAGACCAGGGUCGCAUGCCGGGGUCGGCUAACCCUGCCGGCGGAAAUACAGCAGUAAGCACAGCCAACACGGUCACUGGUAUAUCUGCCUUGCCAGCUGCUACUGCCCUGGGCACCCUCACCGGCUCGCCCGUCCUCUCUGCUGCCACCAACGCCCUGAGCACCCCUGUGCCUGCCUCCAUUACUGCCCCCCAGUGAUGGCACCCCCAGGAGAGCAAACCUAUGGGUGCCACUCAUGCAGGCACGCACCAACAUCUGUACUUACUCAGUCAGUCCGACUGCCCUGAGAUCCAGGAAUGCCAACCUCUGAAGGCUAUCUCGCCUGAACGAUGUUUAUUUGUUUCUCCUUGAAUGAACUUGAGUUAACCAGACAUGAAAUGAAUGUUCUGUGUAAUCAACACAUGCAGGUAUUUAUUUAAUCUUGAUGGCUGUGUGUGUGGCUAUGUCCACAAUCUGAGAAUGAGUCACGAAUCCAAGGGUGAUGGGGGUUUCUCCCCCCGAACACGUUUUGUUUUUGUACAUUACUGACAAGUAGUUCAUCGGAAGGUAACAGGAAAGAGACAUUAGCAUUUAGACCAAAAGGAGCAGUCUGCAGUUUACUAAUGCAACCUUGUCAAACGAGCGCUGGCGAGCACACCUUAAGCAAUUCCCAUAUUUAGUCCAGUCUACUACACUAUACCACCAUUAUGAAAGACUUCCCGAUAGUAUUUGGAAGUUUUUGGUGCUGUUCUGUGCUCCAGUGGUGAGUUGAAACACUGAAGCUGCCUCACUCAACGUAUCCUAAUGACAUUUCAGCCUGAAUAGUAUGUCUUGCCUUUCUACUGUACUGGAUACCUAGUUUUUGAUGUCAGGAUUCCCUGACAGUUUUCCUUUUUUUUUUUUUAUUUUUUACUGAAAUGCUGUGGUAUGCUGGAUGGGUUUAAUUUACUGUGGCAAUGGUUUGAUGGCAGAAUUGUCAUUCGAUCCCUUCGAAAGCCAGGCAAAACUAUCCGUUCUGUUAUUUUGAAAAGUUUCUCUCAAACGUGCUGCUUUGCAGUUCCUUGAAAAACUAUGUUCACUCAAUCGCUUGAGAAAGAGGAGACAGACUAAACCUAUUUUUUUUCUCGGGGAGAGUUAGUUAUAUGUGGAGAAAAUAUGGAUGGUGUUAGAUAUAAGAUCACAACUGAAUAUGAAGGCACCAGAGUCCUGGUUAAGUUGGCUUGAAAUGUGUUUGUAUUUAUCUGCUGUUGGUACCUGAGGAGAGUGGUUUUCUUUUUGUAUUUAGUUUGUUUCGGGGAUAAGUUUCUUGGAUUGAUCACCUGUUUGGCUAACACUUACGGUGGCAAGAAUUAGUAUGUGAACCCUUUGGAAAUACCUGGAUUUCUGCAUGAAUUGGUGAUAAAAUCUGAUCUUCAUCUUGGUCACAACAAUACACACAGUCUGCUUAAACUAAUAACACACAAACAAUUGUACGUUUUCAUGUCUUUAUUGAGCACACCGUGUGAACAUUCACAGUACAGGUUGGGAAAAGUAUGUGAACCCUUGGAUUUAAUAACUGGUUGAUCCUCCUUUGGUAGCAUUAACCUCAACCAAAUGCUAUCUGUAGUUGUGCAUCAGAUUUGCACAACGGUCAGGAGGAAUUUUGGACCACCUCUUUACAAAACUGUUUCAGUUCAUCAAUAUUCUUGGGAUGUCUGGUGUGAAUUGCUUUCUUGAGAUCAUGCCACAGCAUAUCAAUCGGGUUGAGGUCAGGACUCUGACUGGGCCACUCCAGAAGGUGUAUUUUCUUCUGUUGAAGCCAUUCUGUGUGUUGGGUUGUUGUCCUGUUGCAUCACCGAACUUCUGUUGAGCUUCAAUUGGCGGACAGAUAGCCUUACAUUCUCCUGCAAAAUGUCUUGAAAAACUUGGGAAUUCAUUUUUCCGUCGAUGAUAGGGCCUGGACAGCGUGCUGAGGCAGCCGCAAACCAUGAUGCUCCCUCCACCAUACUUUACAGUUGGGAUGAGGUUUUGAUGUUGGUGGGCUGUGCCUUUUUUCUCCACACAGUGUUGUGUGUUCCUUCCAAACAACUCAACUGUAGUUUCUU